UAAUAUACAUUAAAUCUAAAUAUAAUUAAUAUAUAGGUUUAUAAAUCUAUUUCGGAUACAUUCGGAUACCUAAAAUAAUUCGGUUUGGAUCGGAUUCGGUUUCAAUUAUUUAAAUACCAUAAUUUUAGAUCCGUUCGGAUAUUUAAUCAAUUUCAGUUUGGGUUUGGUACUAAUUUUUUGGAUCGGGUUCGGUUAUGUUCUUCGGAUCCAGGUUUUUUGCCCAGCCCUGCUUAUGUCAAAAUUAACCGAUCAUAUUCCAUUAAUUAUUUAGAUUCAAAUAAAAUAUAAUUAUUGAAUUUAAAAGACAUUUCAGCAGUUAAUCCAUUUUUAUUUGCUAGAAACAAAUUCUCACCAAAUAUGUGAAUUAUAAAGACUUUUGGUCUCCUCUGACCAUUCAACUCCAAGUGGUUUGAACUACACUUCGUUGCCAAGGAGAAGUCAUGAUAUUUUGGCCUUGCUCUGUGUCCCAAGUCAACUUUUGAAAUUGUCAGACACGUCUUUGCUAAGUAGUCAUGAUAUUUCCACGAACCUUCUUAGCUUUCUUUUUUUUACUUAAGAAAUAUAUAUAUGUUUUUGACUACUUAUGUUUCUUUCUUUUGAUACUUAUAUACAUACAAAGUGAAAAGAAAUCAUAAACCAUGAAUUUAAAUAAAAGUACCAAAUUCUAGUAUCAGAAGUUCAGAACUAAAAAAACUAAAUUUGACUAUAUAAAGUUAAACAUAAAUAUUUAACUUCUAAACAAACAAAAAAAUUAAAACAGAAACGACGAGAAAUGGACUAAUCACCUUUUUCUUUUGCCUGCAUUUGUUGAAUUUGAACCAAACUUGAAAUAUAAUUGUCGAGACUGAUAACUACCUGGUCAUCGUUGGGAACAAUAAUCAUCUGGCCCGAUGAAACUUGAAUAACAAAUAUCACCAUUAACUUGUUUUGAUCAAAUGUAUUUUAGUCCCGUCAGCAUCUUCCUCAACGACCUUUCCAUAAUUAUUUAAUAUUAGAUAUAUAUAUAUAAUUAGUAAUUAAUUUUUAUUUUUAGAUACUAUUUUUAUGCGGACAACUGAAUUAAAAGUUCUCUUAACAUUUACACCAAAAAAAAAAACUAAAUUAAAAGUCAAAUUCUUUAUUUUCUCGGACACUUCAUCAUUUAGAAAGAAAAGAAAAAGAAGAGAAAAUCAUUUAUUUUUAGUGAGGAAAGUACUUUUUAUUUUCUUAGUAGUUUCCUUGUAUAUUAUAUUAUAUAUAUUCUUCUUUUUUCUUAAAGAAUUCUUCUAUAUAUAUAUCCCCUUUUUUAAUUGUUUAAUCAUCGUGAUAAAACCAAUUUUUUAGUAAAAUGGGGCAACAACAGCUUAAAGACGAGAUGCUAUUUCAAAAAGUGAAUCACAACGAUGUCGAAAGUAUCAAAUCCCAUUGCCAUGAAGGGGCAGGACUCGAGUGGGCUGAUAAAGAUGGAAGAACGCCACUAAUCUUGGCUUGUGCAGAAGCAGAGCUAUGUGAUGUAGCAGAAACUCUUAAGGUUGCUAGGGCUAAAGGUUACAGCGAUACUGUACGCGCCAUCGAGAGUCGCAUCUGCUUGUUCUCUGGCUGGAUGCGUGAACUUUAUGGCCCCAGCUUUCUUGAAUUAUGUUCUCCUGAUCAGCUUCUUUCAAGAAAAGUAUGGGUUGUUAUCGUACCAACUGAUUCUCGAAACCCUUUGAAGUUGGAGUUAGUUGUGUAUGCUAGUCUUCAGGAUGCAAAACCCAUGAAGGAGAUUCCUUUGUGGAAAGCAAACUUGGAGGAGCUUGGAUCAGAUCAGUCUGAUGCUUCAGUGAUGAUUGUUUGUAACUCCUCAAGGCUCAAGAAGCAGAGAAAAAGGGGAUACAUUUCUCACGCUAGGCGUUGGGCUCAAGUCGAUAGGCAAAUGCGACUUAAGCUGGCAGCAGCAACCAAGGGCGACAUAAAACAUCUGAACUCGUUUUGUGAGGCAUGUAAAGGAACUCCACAGCCAAUGAAUCCUCCAAUGUUUAUGAAAACAACUGAAGAUAUCAUUUCCAAUGAGGUUACGCCAUCAGUUCCUCUACCGAGAGCCGUAACGGUGGAAACAGAAGACGGUUCUGUUCACUAUCCAUCAUUCUCUUGUGCAGCCUAUGAGAGUAAAGGAAGUGGUGGAGGAUCUGGAGUGUGUGUGAUUUGUGAGGAUGCGUCAUCGGAAGCAGCAUGUGUGCCAUGCGGACAUGUCGCUGGAUGCGUUUCUUGCUUGAAAGAGAUCAAAAACAAGAAAUGUCCUAUAUGUCGUGCCAGCAUUGAUCAGGUCAUUAAGUUAUAUCAUGUUUGAACAGAAAAAAAAAAGGAAGACAAAACUAAUCAUCUUAUCUCCUCUAUGACUCGAAGAUCCUCACCAUUCAUGUCCGCACUGGCUUCGUUUACGACUCAGUUAUCAAUUUUCUUUGUCUUUUUUUUUCCAACUUUAUGUUUGGUUUUGUUAAUCUUGGGCUUUUAUUAUGUUUGAACGUCUGGGUUUCAUUAGAUGGUUUUUGUUUUCUAUAUACUCUCUCCCUUUCAAAUUAUAUAGAAGAUAAUCAUUUUGCUAUAAUUCAAGUGUUGUCU